AUGGCAAGGAACAAAUCACCCGGUGGAGACGGGCUCCCGAAGGAGCUAUUCGGAUGUCAUUGGGACCUGCUGGGGGGGAGUUUUAUGGUGCUGGUUAAAGAUUUCGAGAGAUCAGCUUCUCUUUUGGCUGAGCUCAAGGAGGCAGUCACUAUUCUACUGCAUAAGAAGGGGGAACGGGAUCAUUUGAACAACUAUCGGCCCAUUACUCUCCUCAAUUUCACAUACAAGGUGCUUGCCAAAGUCAUGGCGGAUCGGAUGAAACGGGUUCUGCAUCAGGUCAUCUUACCGGAGCAGUGUGGGUUCAUCCCGGGACGACGCCUGUCGGAUGCGGUGGCGCUGGUUGCGGAUAUCAUUGACGUGGCGAAGAAUGAGAAGGCGGACUGGUAUAUGCUGUUGGUCGAUUUCCAGAAAGCCUUCGACUCGGUGUCGAGGGAUUUCCUCUUCCAGGUGCUUCGGAAAAUGGGUUUCCCGGCGCGGUAUGUUGGUCGGGUCGAAGGCCUGCAUGAAAACACCACGACGAAGCUCUUGGUUAACGGCUGGCUUGGAGAAGGAAUGAACGUGGUGUCGGGUGUCCGGCAGGGCUGUCCACUCGCACCUUACCUGUUCUUGUGCGCGGUGGAGCCCCUGGCUCAGGAGGUAGAGAGGGAGAAGCCGGGGCUCAGUAAGGACGGGCAGCAGCUCAGCUACCUUGGGUACGCUGAUGACACAACAUUAAUCCUGCAGGGGAAGGAGCAAAUCGUUAAAGCGGAAGAGAUCCUGGACAAUUUUGAAAAGCAGCUGGAUUAG